AAUGCGAAAAUUAUGUCCUGGUGGGAUUAUGGCUACCAGAUAACAGCAAUUGCCAAUCGUACGGUCCUGGUAGACAACAACACCUGGAAUAACACGCACAUCGGACGUGUUGGUCAGGCAAUGGCCUCAAGUGAGGACGACGCUUACGAAAUCCUGCAAGAGCUGGAUGUUGACUACAUCUUGGUUAUUUUUGGCGGCGCUUCAUCCUACUCCUCUGACGACAUCAACAAAUUUCUUUGGAUGGUACGCAUCGCUGGCAGUACGGAAAAAGGAAGGCAUAUUCGUGAACACGACUACCUCAGCAGGGCUGGUGUCUAUCGUGUUGACAAGGAGGGCUCACCAACGUUCCUCAAUUGCCUUCUAUACAAACUGAGCUAUUACCGUUUCUGGGAGAAGUACACCGCAGCAAACCGCCCACCGGGCUAUGACCGUGUUCGUGAUGCAGACAUCGGCAACCGAGACUACGAACUGAAGACGGUGGAGGAAGCUUUCACCUCGGAGAACUGGAUAGUCCGUAUCUAUCGCGUGAAAAAAUUCCUUAAUCGCGGUCUGGCGUGA